AAAAAAGAGGGAAUUAGCUGUUCGUCAUUUGGAUUUUAGCGAUUCGAAUUUGACAGAUCCUAACGUGAUGCUGCAGUUCCUCGCAAUUCAAACGCGUGAAAAUGUUUCUGACUUUAAAGCAAAGCUUGUUAAUCAGUUCUCUUCAGAAUGUGUCAAUCCUUGGCUUGAUGUUCAACUGUUGAUUGUUCCUGGCAAUCUCCUACUGGAGAUCGUUGAUUGUUCAUGGCAAUCUAACAAACGGCCGCUAGCAAAGGAAAUACUUUGCGUUCAAUCGAGGUAA